CUCUUCUGCUGUUUCCGACGCGUUUUUCAGGGCUUCUUCAAGAGGACAGUGCAGAACAACAAGAGGUACACAUGUGCGGAGAACCAGGAGUGUAAAAUAGACAAAACCCAGAGAAAGAGAUGUCCUUUCUGUCGCUUCCAAAAGUGCCUCAACGUCGGGAUGCGGCUCGAAGCGGUGCGUGCAGACCGCAUGCGUGGGGGGAGGAAUAAAUUUGGCCCCAUGUAUAAGAGAGACAGGGCCUUGAAACAGCAGAAGAAGGCUUUGAUACGAUCCAACGGCUUCAAGCUGGAGAACGCAGCUCCUCCGCCGGCCUCUCCUCUGCAGACUGACUACGGCUUCACCGGCACCGUGCACAACCUGCCAACCAUCUCCAAAAGUCUGAUCCCCUCCACCCCGAGCUCCAUCACCCCUACAGACUACGAAGCCAACCUCUACGGACCCCCGUCCCUGGGCAUAUCCAUGCAGUCCCAUGUGCCUAUCACCACUCAGUACCAGUACACAGCCUUCCCCAGCAGGGCGAUUAAAGCUGAGUGUCCCGACUACACUAGUUCCCCAGAGUCUCUGACAGGAUACCCUUAUCCAGACAUGUACCCCUCAACCUCGCCGCAGCCGCCCAGCCUGCCGCCACUGGUGCUGGAGCUGCUACGCUGCGAUCCAGACGAGCUGGUGGUGCAAAAUAAGAUCGUUGCUCAUCUGCAGCAGGAACAGGGCGGCCGGGGACGACUGGACAAACCCAGCACCUUCAGCCUCAUGUGUCGCAUGGCAGACCAGACUCUCUUCUCCAUAGUGGAGUGGGCUCGCAGCUGUAUCUUCUUCAAGGAGCUCAGGGUGAGUCAAGUCCUUUAUUCUGUCCUCAUGCUCCCACCAAUGCGCAUGCACAGACUCAUGUACACACAUGAUAAUGUCACAUUUUAAAGCUUCACUACACAGUUUCUUUUAUGUGAAACUCCACUUUAGAGCUGCUGUCAAUCACAAAAGUUCAGCACAGCUUUGGCUUGUCUCCUUUCUAUUUACCAGCUUUUAUACACACAUGCUAUCAAAUUCAUUGUUAUAUUCUACAAAAUGCUACAGUCCUGUAUUUGUGGCAUUACAACAAAAUUCUAUUUGAUAUUUCUGCAAAUGCAGGAUUUUCAUGUGUCUGUACCAACAUAAACCUUCACAUCCAUAAAAAAAAGAUUAAUCAUUUAUGAUGCAAAAUAGAGGGGGAGAGUGACAAAAAUAUGAAAUAUUGCAUGGAAACAUGAGGGCAACACAGACCCUGCAGGGAAACAGCGGAGCUGUGGCUCUGCUCUGAUUCUAAAAUAACCCUCUCUUUUAUCUUACAACAUACACAUUUUGUUGUCACUUGUUACUUCCUUUCACUUUCUUUUAUCAAUAUUUCUCCCGCUCAUCUUGAGACAUCAAUGGUCCUGUUUUAAGUCAUAAAAAUCACAUAUAAUGCAAUCAACUGUUUGUAAGGCAAAAGAUGCAAAUGCUUGAAUGCCAUGUUCCGUUUUUCUCUGGUCUACUCAGACUAGAGCAAACUGAGCAUAAACUGGUGGGAUUGGUUGUGAUGUCUGUUUCACAAUUAUACCGGAAAUCAUAAGAUGAGUCUAUCCCUGUAGGAAUUUAUGAAUCAAAACUAAAAUUUGAAAUUCAGAAAGACCAAAAGCCCAGAAAGAGCAGAAAGAGCUCUCACACUGGCUGCACCUUUUCAAUAUCUUCUCCCAUCAAUCAUGCGGAAAAUUAAAAUCAAGCUGGAUAGAAAAAUAAACAUUCAUGUAAGAUUGUUUGUGGUAAUGUCCUGUUUCAUUUUAGGCCUCAAAAUGUACAAACAUAGAAAACUUGGAUGAAUCCACCAAUAAAGUACAAGUCACAACUAAUGUUAUUAGUACUAUAUGAAAAGCCGAUAGAUGGUUGUUUUUAAAGGGCAGCUACAUGCUAAUGACAACAGCUGAUGUUGCAUUGCAGAUGUCACCAAAAAGGCUCAUCCCAUCCCAGGGGAGUCAAUAGGCCUGGGCA